UUAGCAGAAGUAUAACAACUUAAUUUGUAUUUUCACAGUCAGUUAUUAGGUAGCUAAGUGAAAGCUUUAAGAAAAACGCAUAUGAAGAAAUUAAGUGCAAUGUAUAGUCUGCACUUCUUACUAAUACUAUAUUAAUUGUUGCCAAAAUAUCCGGACUGGUUGAUUAGAUUUACUUUUAUUUACAAUUUUGCCAAUUCUUUUAUUUAAAAAUGUUUAAUGGCUUUAAAUAUAAAUUACAGUUUUACGACAUAGGAGGUCUUUACUAUAUACAGUCAUUCUAAUCAACUCAAAUAACAACGCUUGCACAAGUUUCGACCUGUAAUGCUGACGUUCACCCUUGAGCACCUCGUUUCAUAGUUGCCAUAACAACAGCCACUACCAAUAUCUGUUGUAGGGGAGCGUUGCCAUAGCAGUCAGCUGAUGUAAGGAGAUAGCUAUAGGGAAAAUGACAAGCUACCCUUGCUCUGAGAUCAUUAGUCGGAUUUAAGGACUACAAAACAGAAAGGAGAAUAUCCUGCCAUAGGAGUUCCUUACGGUUGGUUCCGAAUUGUUAAGCUAGCUUCUGUUUCAAGGACCAAGCUAUCAGUGCAGUAUGCUUAGUGGAAUUGCAACCUAUUUUUUCAAAGGGAAGGAGACUCCAGGAUCUAAUAAAGAUGAAAAUACAAUUUAUGUGAUGAAGGAGACAGAAGAUGAAUGGCUUCUUGUUGAUAUUAGUGAACCUGAAGAAAAUCUAUCCAAGCAUCAACUGGAUAUUAAAUAUCACUCCAGCUCAAAAAAUAGAAGCACAGCAUGGAAACAUCAAAGCUCCAAAGCUGGUGCUACUGGUCUACUUUCUGUCGAACUGCCAGAGAAAAUAGAAUCACUAACAACCACACCAGCCAGUCCAGUUAGCCCUACCCAGAUGGAAGGAAGUUGGUAUAUUACACCACCUCCUUGCUUUACUGCUGGGGGACCUGUUCACGUUGAGAUAUCUCCUUUGGAAAACCUUCUGAUUGAACACCCCAGUAUGAGUGUUUAUGGAUCAGCACGUCCACAGGUUUUGUCCACUCAAAACAGAGAAGUAAACACUAUCCAAAUACUAGAUGCAAGAAAUGCUGAGAAUUCAGUAUUGAAUAUUGAGAAAGUUGAGCCACUACAAACAGCAGCAACCACAACUGCUACAAUUAUUAACUUGAAAACUAAUAGUCGUAGGGGUAGGACUCUUGCAAGCACAAGAACACGACAAGAAACUUCUGCUCUAACUUCAAGAACAGAUAUACUCGAGCACAUUGAAAAUGUGCGGCCAGCCCAACAAGCCUGGAAGCGACGUGAGCAGAAGCAACUGCACAAGUCUCAUCUUGAUCGCCAGAAUCGUACUUGCCAUGUACAAGCUAGUGUUAGAAAAACUCGCAGGAAGGAACGCCUUAUGCAACCCCCUGGAGCUAAUAACAGUUGGAAAUGUUGAUGUAUUAUGCUGGUUAAUAACCCAAAUGUUAGUUUUGUUUUGUUUUGCCUUACAAUUACAUAGUCUUAUAAACAUAUUUGCAUAGAAUCCAGGGAAAGGGGGAGAACAGCAUAAUAUGUUCCAGCUCAUUUUAAUUCUUCCAUAUAAUAGUCUCAGGUUUUACAGAUACCCGUCCGAUGAAAUCACGUUAGUAUAUGUUAAACAGUGAAGGCUAUAGUUAAUGAGAUAUAAAGUGAUAUAGUUUUAAGUUGUUAAUUCAAGUUAUUUAUGCUUAUUGUCUUGCAAAUAUCCAAUAAAUAAAUUGUAAGAUUUGCAAAUAAAUUUUAUCUAUUUUAACUUGUACAUUUAGUUCAAAUUCUAGAUAAUUAUUUGUAUCUGUAUGAUAAAAGAUGAUGUUUGAUUUUUGUGAAUGAAACCUAAGUCUGAAAGAGAUAGUGUCAGAUGCUUCUUAUUAUAAAUAUUUUUUUGGUAUUUGAAAACUUUUAAGUUACAGAUGUGAUUUGUAUGUUAUAUUGUAAGCUUUAAAAAAGACUGAAACACUUAAAUUUAAUAUGCAGAAUGUCUAUGUGCAAAUCAUAAUUUGUAACAUAAGUUUCUAUUUCUUAUCCAUUAAUUUUAAACACAAAAGUUUUGUUCAUUUUAAGUUAGGAUUUUAUGAAAAAAGUGUGAAACUUUCACAAGAUAAAUUCCUCCAUAUGUUUUUCAAUAAAAAAUCUAAAAGUAUAUGUAGUGGUAUAUAUUCCACCUCACACUGCCAAAACUUGCAAUAUAUAUAUAUAUAUAUAUAUAUGUAAGUAGUAAAAUAGGAUAUAUCAACCUAUCUUAUAUAUACACCCACACUUGUUAUGAGAUGUUACAUAUGACAGUAUGGGUGUAUAUCUAUAAAUACAUCAUUACGGAUGUCCUUCAGCAAGAUUUAUAAGAAAAAUGUUAUCUAUGUCAUUGAAAUAUUUUGAUUCUUACAGUACCAUAAAAAAUUUGAAUAUCUCUAAAAGUUUAAUUCUGAUAGUAACUAAGAAAAACACUUUUUAUUUCAUGUAUGACAUAUUUAAAUAAAUAAAAUUUCAGCAUUUACCUUUUAAUGACAAAAGGUACAAGUCAAAAUAACUUUUUAUGGAAAAUAUUUUGCAUUUUUUAAUAUCAAGACUUACUGCGUAUUUAAGAGAACAUGUCAGAAUUUACUGUGUUUACAUAUUAAAGCGGAUUGAAUUUUUAAGGGUAAAAAUAUACAUUUUCCUAUGUUUUUGCUUAAAAAUGUGUUUCAAAAAUUUCAUUUUUAUACAAAAAAGUUGCAGAUUAAUGUAAAGCAAUAAUCUCUGCAUUGCAAAGAAGAUCAUGAUAAGACCUCCCUCACAAAGAAAGUUAAGUGAUGAUAGUAUGGCUAUAAUCUUACAUAGUGAAUUUCAUUAACCAUUCUUAAUUAUUGUUCCUAAUAGCUUAUAUAAUGUUUUUACAUGGAUAUUCUAACAGUCUCUUCAAAUAACUUUAGAACAUAAAAACAUGUUUUAUAAUCAUUGAUAUAUAUAUUUAUUUGAUAUAUCUUAUGAAAUUCAAUUCUAAAUUUUGAAUUCACAAUAUACUUUCGCUGUGGGUCUUUUAAUUUUUAAAUGAAUAGAUAAUAUGAAAAAAUUAAUAUUCUAUAAAGCUCAAAAAAGUAAAUAAUAUAGAGAGCAAAAAUCCUAUUUCUAACACUGAAUGGAAUAUUUUGUACAUAUAGUAUAAGUUUUGAGCAAUCAUUCAUAUAUAUAUAUUAUCAUUUUAUGAAAUUAAUGUUUCUGGUUGCUUAAUACAAUACCUGAAUUUGUUUUUAGUAUUUGUAAUCAGCUUACUACUUUCUAUAGAAGUCAAGUUUUCUUAAUUGAUUGAAUUCUUUGUAGACUUUGUUUUCUAAAAAAAGUGAUUUUUCAUAAAUACAAAAUUUAAAAGUGAAUAAAUAGUUUUAGUAACAAA